GACCCUCCAAGGGCGACGGCGGCAGAGAGGCUCGCCUGUUUCGCCGGCAUCUCCCGCCUCAUGGAGGCGAGGCCAGGCAGCCCCGGUAGCGGCGGCAGCAAGCAGCGCCGCCCUCGGGGGCUGGAGCUCCGCAGAGGCAGGUGAGCCUCGGCGCCCCUUGGAGCGCCCAGCCCGCAGCGGCCCCGAGCGCCGCGAAGAGGUCCGGGGGUGCAGGAACGGGAGGAAGGAGCGUGCUCCCAUGAUCCGAAGCGAAGUGACUCUGGAUUGCAUAGGAAUAUGACCCUUCCGAACUCAAGGUAGGGCCUCUGGAAGAGGAUGGCUUAAGAAGAAGAUUUCGAGGGCCUGGGGGUGGGGGAGGCUAAAACAGGUGCAGGGGCUCAAGCCUAGCUUCUUUUUAAAAAAUGCCUUUAUCUAGCGAUCAGUCAGAGACAGGGUGAUGGAGAUAUUUUCAACAUCAGGGUGCAGUUUUAGGGCAAAGUAGUACACAGGUCUUUACCGUGGUCCGUGUAGCUCUGUACUGUUUACACUGACUGGCAGCAGCUCUCCAAGGUUUCAGGUGUGUGUGUGGGGGGGGAAUAUUCCUAGCCCAGCCUGGAGAUGCUGGGGAUUGGACCUGGGGGGGGGGGCAGUCUGCUUGCAAGGCAGAUGCUCUACCACUGAGUGACUAGCAAGGAGCAGCUGUGCCCCUGAACUUGUGCAGAGCGCCUUCCCUAGCACAGCCUGUAUCUUUCCUAUGCCUAGGACGGGAGGGGGAAGAUUGCCAGGCGUUGAACCUGUUUUUCAAAACUGACCCUUCCAAACUUUCUCUCUGGGUCACCAGAGGUUAUUUGGUGGAAUCCCAGGCACCGGAAACCACAGGAGGGGAGAGUGCUCUUGUGUUCGAAUCCUGCUUGCAGGUUUCCCGUAAGUACCGUAUUUUUUGCUCUAUAAGAUUCACUUUUUCCCUCCUAAAAAGUAAGGGGAAAUGUGUGUGCGUCUUAUGGAGCGAAUGCAGGAUGCACAGCUAUCCCAGGAGCCAGAACAGCAAGAGGGAUUGCUGCUUUCACUGCGCAGUGAUCCCUCUUGCUGUUCUGGCUUCUGAGAUUCAGAAUAUAUUUUUUUCUUGUUUUCGUCCUCCAAAAACUAGGUGCGUUUUAUGGUCUGGUGCGUCUUAUAGAGCGAAAAAUACGGUACCUGGCUGAACCCUGUGAGAACAGGAUGCUGGACUCGAUGGGCCAGCAGGCUCUUCUCGUGUUAUUAUGGUCUUUUGACCCCUGAACUAUGAGCCGGUUAAUAAGAAGAGCCUGGCUGCUGCAUUAGUCCACACCUCCAACAAUGGACAUUCAGAGGGACACUGCACAGUGUUGGUAGAACAUAGCCAUUGUGGCUCAUGCCCAUUGAUAGCUCUGUCCUCCAAGAAUUUGGGAAAUACUCUUAAAGCUACCCAAGAUGUAGGAGGGCAGCAUUCUCAUCUAAGCAACCAUCUCAUCUCAGCUGAAAACUACAGGGAGACUCCUGACCUAAAUCAAGCCUGGCUGACUCUUUGCAUCUCCCCCUUGCUUAGACAGAACUAGGAUCUUUCCUUUCAAGAACCGACUUCCUGCACUAAACAUAGCUUUCUUCUUGCCCCAAAUUCAGAGUCCUGGUGUGAUUAUGUGCAAGGUAAAGAGUGAUGCCUCAGCUGGGCUCCUGUAUUCCUGUAUUCUGUUCGACUUCCUAGUGCUUUAACUGCCCAGUGCCGACAGAUGCUAAACCAGAACAGGAGAAUAACUUGUAGAAAACAAAGACAAAAAGGCAGACCAAAAAAAUGGCUUGAUUUUAUUUCAUAUGCUAUAACAAAAAAGCACAAAUUUAGACCUCCUGUGACCUUUGGACAAUUAUUGACAGAGACAUUUAUUUGGUUCUUGAUAUGUGGUGGAAUUAUUUCGUUACUUUCUUGCUGGACAUAUUUCUGAAACUGUUCCAGGGGGAGGGGGAAAUAUUAUUUGUUUCCUUUGUUCCUUGCCUUGUAUUACCUGUGAAAGAUAAACGAACACUUAAUUAAAUAAAAAAAAACUGCAGAGGGGGUGGAAUUUGAGAGGAGGAGGGUAACCAGAGGCCAUUGUCAACAAAAGCAUUUGCAAGGGUGAAAACCUCCCAUGGCCUUUGACCAGGCCUUUGCAAAUCCCUGAUUGGGCAAUGCCAAAUGUUGUUCGAAGUGUAUAAUGUGGUGACUAACAGACCUUACCUGAGCAGUCGGCUGAAGUCUUUGGAGGUCUGAUAGCAAUGUGAGUAGGCUCUGUGUGUGUCUGUGUAAAAACAACAAUUCCUUUGAUACCUUUUCCCAGGGUGAAUUCCAGUCUGUGCAUCUGGAUUUAAGAGAUUAUGCUUAUUCCGUUUACUUCCUUAUUUUUCUUGUUGCAAAAUAACCAGGAAUUUACGUUAACUCUUUGACGCCUAUUUGGGGCAUGAAGAUUUGGAAGGAAGAACCAGAUUAUUCUGUUUCGUACUGGAUUGCUUGUUGUUGCUUUUAAAAAAAAGCAAGUUAAAAUGUAUACAUAGAUUUUUGGCCAAAAUGACCCCUAGACUACUGUAGAAAUAUGUCUAUAAUGUAUCUAUUUAAGUUGUUUUAAAAUCAGGAGAAAACCAGGUAAAACUAGCAUGCAAAUAAUAAUUAUUAUUAUUUAUUAAAUUACAAUCCCAAGUGUCUGGCAUUACAUAUAAUAAUAACCCAGCUUUCCCUAACCUGGGUGCCUUCCAGAUGUUUUGGACUACAGCUCCCAUCAGCCCCAGCGAUCACACUUUUGCUGGCUGGGUCUGAUGGGUGUUGUAGGCCAUUAGGUCUGGAAAACACCACCUUGGCAAUGGCAAAUCCCCUUCUAUUUUACUCACUUUCACACUAAGUGCUUAAAUUCUUUGCCCACAAGCCCAGGCACUGAGGAGGGGCAGGGUCUAACUCUGCACAUUCUCAGAGACACUCUCGCCUUUGUCAUUGCUACGCGUUUUGCAGGGCUUAUCCUGGUAUUCAGAACAGACCUGAGGCCUUGAAACAUAAGACGAGCCCUGAAGUUGGGUCGGGCCAAAGGCCUAUGCAGUUUUCCAGGAUGCCUGUUUGGGCUUGAACUAGGACCGAUUCAGUGCUGUGGGUCAGUUGUCUUUCCUCCUUUGUCGAUCUUUGAAUGCUUUGUGUCCAUCCCUGCAGAGUGUGAAGCAGUAAUAAAGAGGAGAGUGUCUCUGAGCAUGUGCAAGAGUCAGACCCUGCCUCUCCCUUCUGUUUUGUGGCUUGAGGACACUCUUGGCCUCCAUUUGAGUUGUUGAAGGCGUGGGCAGGAUAACGGUUGUAGGGCUUCAUCUGACUCAGCCUUAGAGCCAUAGCUCAGUGGGUUAGAGAGUAGUGCUGAUAAGGCUAAGGUUGCAGGUUCGAUCCUUAAUGUGGGACAGCUGCGUAUUCCUGCAUUGCAGGGGGCUGGUCUAGGAUGCCUUCCAACUCGACAGUUAUAUGAUCAAGGCAGAAUACAGGAAGUAGUAACAGAAAAAGAGUGCCUCUGGGGGCAUGCAGAGUGCAUUUCUCUCAUUAGUGGGGAAUCUCAGGCCCAAGGGCCAAAUGUGACCCUGCAGCCUUCCCUAUUGGGUCUUUCAAAGUCAUGCCCCUCACUGGCCUCGACUGUGUUUGCUUGUCUGCAAAAUGUCCUUGAACUCUGAGAAUGCCUCUCCUGUGCCUGGAUGGAGGACAGAGAGGGGUGUGGGCAGAAGGGUAAAAUUCGCAUUUGUUGCUCUGCACACUUUUGCCUCUGGCCCUGCCAACUGUUGGCAUGUCACCAGUGGGCUGGAAAAGACUCCCUACCUCUGCAGCAGUGAGCGGUUGCAUCUGAUCCGCACAUGUCACGAGAGCAGGGAAGCGGGCAUCUCAGCCGUUCCCUGGGACCACUGGUCUGGGGGUCUUUCUCUUACAGGGUGAGGCAGGGUCCUGUCAACCCUUUGGGUGCUUUAUUGUGCUUUUUUUGCACAGAUCUGGAGUGUGCAGUUCCUCCUGCCUUUCAUUGCUUUUUCAAAUCCCCUCUUUGAAAACUGGAGUUCUCAGAACCUCCUGAAUGCUUGAGAUGGGCAUAAUCCGAGUUUAUUAGCUUUUUCGCCCUUCGUGGAUGGAGGCAGAGUUUUCCCUUCUGUUACGACUUUUUUCAAUUCCCUUUCAGGUGCAGCUGUGCUUUGACAGGGGCCAGACUCCUGCCACUGUUCCUGCCUCCCGCUUAGGGGGUGUAACUGGUUCCCGAUGGCUUCUCAGGUGAUCCCCAAGGACUCGUAAGUAUCAAAGCCCCGUGAGAUCUGACUUGGGGAGAAUAUACUUUGAAAAGAGCCAGGAUAAUAAGCAUCUUAACCCUCAGAACCACUUGUAGAGACUGAAACGUGAGAAUAAUACCUGGGAUGCCUUUGAGCAUAUUGCUUCCUGAGCCUUUUGGGUAGGGAUUUUGUAACAUACACAAGAGUCCCGUACAUGACACCCCUUCAUAGAUGAGUUACUAUUUUUCAUGUUAGAGGGUGGUUUAUUUAUUUGUUGUUGAGUUAAACAGAAUCCCUUCUCAAGCAGAGUUUGCCCAUGGGCCUGUGGGGUGUAGUCAAGUGUGGUGGGCCAGAGUGGGGAGAGCUCUGGGUUCAAAAUCCAUAAAGCUUUUCUUUGGCCCAUCAUGGCUUAAAAGUAAAGGGAACCCUGACCAUUAGGUCCAGUCGUGAGCGACUCUGGGGUUGCAGUGCUCAUCUCGCUUUCUUGGCUGAGGCAGGCGGCAUACAGCUUCCGGGUCAUGUGGCCAGCAGGACUAAGCUGCUUCUGGCGAACCAGAGUAGCACACGGAAACGCCGUUUACCUUCCCGCCGGAGCGGUACCUAUUUAUCUACUUGCACUUUGACGUGCUUUCGAACUGCUAGGUUGGCAGGAGCAGGGACAGAGCAACGAGAGCUCACCCCGUCAUGGGGAUUCAAACCUCCAACCUUCUGAUCGGCAAGUCCUAGGCUCUGUGGUUUAACCCACAGCGCCACCCGCGUCCUUCAUCAUGGCUUACAGGGAGGAUAAAAUGGGAUGAUGUCAUGAGCCUCUUAGGGGAUUUGUAGGGUACAAAGGUGGUUAAAAAACACACCUGAGUGUCUGACUAGGACCUGAGAAACCAAGGUUCAAAUCCCCACUUGGCCAUGAAGCUCACUGGGUUUCCCUGGGUCAGUCACUUCCUCUCAGCCUAACCUACCUCACAGGGUUGUUGUGGGGAUUUAAUAAGGAGGAGGAGAACAAUGUACAUGACCUGGAACUCCUUGGAGAAAAAAGGUGGGAUAUAAAUGCAAUAAAAAAUAAUAAAUUUGCCUGUGUUUGCAGAACUGCCAUGAACCUUAGAAUCAUAGAAUUGUAGAGUUGGAAGCAGAGCCUACACAACACAAAACACUGUUGCUGUAUGUAGAUUUAAUUUUGUUUUAUUUUAUUAAUUUUAAUUUUGUUUUAUUUUAUUAAAUUAAUUUUAUAAUGAAUGAUUUUAGAGUGUUGUGUUGUACUGUUGUACUGUUUUAUUGUUGUUAGCCUCCCUGAGCCCGGCUUCGGCUGGGGAGGGCAGGAUAUAAAUAAAAAAUUUUAUUAUUAUUAUUAUUAUUAUUAUUAUUAUUAUUAUUAUCUUAUAUUUUGGAAAUGUACAUCCAGGUUUUUCACCCUUUAGCUUGUUUAGCUUAUACGUAAAUCUGGAACUGUUCAUAUGCCACCCAUCUGACCGGGUUGCUCCAGCCACUCUGGGUGGCUCUCAACAAAAUAUUAACAACACACUUUUGUUGUACAGUACUCAGAGUAUAGCCGUUGAAAUGAAUGGACCUAAGUCAGUCAUGCCCACUGAUUUCAAUCAAGGGUCCCUCUAGAUGUUGCUUUUAUUGCACAUUCAUGAUGGUAUCGGUGCAGAGAGACACUUUUCAGUACUGUUUGCACCUGCCAGCGUGGGCCAGCAUUCAGGAAGGAUGGGAUUUAAAGCCCAGAGAUAUUUGGAAGGCUGCAGGUUCCCCCACCCCCACUCCUGGACGAAUACAAUGAAUCCGUGGUGCAUUCCACCAGAAUCUGCCCAGUGGCAUGGAUGGGGAAGGGUGGAGCGGGACCAAAGGGGAGGGGGAAUGAAAAUCUGCAAGCCUCAGUUAGGAACGGUUGAGGGAGUUGGGUAGGUUUAGCUUGGAGGAGAGGAGACUGAGAACUGAUACAAUAACCAUCUUCAAAUAUCUGGUGGAUGUUGCCACAUGGAAGACAGAGCAAGCUUGCUUUGAUCUGCUAUGGAGGGUAGGACUCAAACCAAAGGAUUCAAAUGACAAGCAAGGAGAUUCCUGUUAAACAUUAGGAAGAAAUUUUUGAGGGUAAGAGCUGCUUGACAGCGGAAGAUGGUGGCCUCUCCUUCACUGAUGAUUUUCAAGCAGAGGUUGGAUGGCCACCUGUCAGGGAUUCUUUAGCUGUGAUUCCUGCACUGUAGGGGGUUGGAUUAGAUGACCCUUGGGUGGUCCUUCCAACCAGUGCCAGAUUUACAUAUAAGCUAAACAAGCUAUAGCUUAGGGCCCCACUCUCUUAAUAAAUAAUAAUAAUAAUAAUAAUAAUAAUAAUAAUAAUAAAUUAUUUAUACCCCGACCAGAGCCGGGCUCAGGGUGGCUAACAUCAAUAAAAUUUCAGUAAAACAUAAUAAGAAAAAAAGAAAAAGAAAAAAACAAUUUAAAAUACAGGUUAAAAUGCAAUUUAAAAUGCAGCCUCAUUUUAAAAGUCAAAACCAUAAGGGGAGGGAAGCAUAAGGGUCAGACUGAGUCCAAACCAAAGGCCAGGCGGAACAGCUCUGUCUUGCAGGCCCUGCGGAAAGAUGUCAAGUCCUUGUGGCAGAGCAUUCCACCAAGUUGGGGCCAGUACUGAAAAGGCCCUGGCCCUAGUUGAGACCAACCUAACCACCUUGCAACUUGGGACCUGCAGAAUGUUGUCAUUUGUGGACCUUAAGGUCCUCUGCGGGGCAUACCAGGAGAGGCAGUCCCGUAGGGGCCCCCAGAAAAAUUUAAAGGAAAAAACCACUGGGUGUACAUUUCCAAAAUAUAAGAUAAAAAACAUAUUUUGUUAUCUGCAAAUGGCUUUAGAUACCUGUUAGGUCCUAUAAAUUACCAUAUAGCAUAUAUUCAACACAAAAAACAGCGACAGUUUGUUGUUGACAAAGGACGGCUGGACAUAUAAAGGGCCCCAUUACCUUCAGUAGCUUGGGGCCUCAUCAAACCUAAAUCCAGCCCUGCAUAUGAAUAAUAAAAAAUCAUUAUGAGUUAGUUAGUUAGUUAGUUAGUUAGUUAGUUAGUUAGUUGGAUGCAGCCCGUUAUUUCUGCUCUGCACAUGACACUUUUUUUUUUGUUAACUCCAAAUUGGACCAGUUGUAUAAGCCUCACCUCCCCAGUUGUUUUCAGUUACAAAAUGCAGCUGCCUAGGUGUGCCUUCUUGGGUUUCCUUCUCUGCAUACUCAGGUAUGUGUUUGGGGAGGGAGUGGAAUGUUUCACACCUGGAUUAGGCAAGUUGCACUUACGGUAUAAGGAUUAGAAGUGUUGAGUUUCCAGUUUUCUGGGCAGGUGCACAGAUUUCCUUUAGGUACCCUAUUCCCCUCCCCGGUGCUGCCACAAGUGCACUGGCGAAUUGAAUCUUCCACUUCCCUUCUUUUAAAAAACAAAACAAAACAGCAAACAAAGGAAUCGGUUCCUCAAAACCUGAUUUUCCUGUCCAGAAAUGAGCACGGGGGUGGGAACGCUUUCUUCUUGGCGCUGUGCUCCGUUUGUGUGCCUGGUGGGGGAGGGAUAAGAAGAUGGGGUGGUAAAUAGAUUAGCAGGGAGGAGGGCAGAAACCGCUGCCAGGCAAGGCCUUGUCGUGUAGACAUGCCUUCGGCUUAUUAGAUUAAAUCUGUCGCUCUCUUUCUCUCUCUGCUUCAGAUCCAGCCUUUGGUAACCUGGGGCGCUCAAGACACUUUGGACUACAGCUUCAGUCCGCCCCAGUGAUGGGAGUUGUGGUCCAAAAUUUCAGGAGGCAGGGGUGGGAGAAACCGUCAGUUUCCUUUGCCCAUUUUGCCCAUGUGGAGUUUCCGCCUCAGUCGUCGUGUUGGUGGUUGGAAGCCCUCGUGAAAAUUCAUGAGCGUAUUUCUGUAGGCAGUUUUGCCUAACAAGAGACAUUUUUGCAAAGCCGUUUCCCCUAACCUAACGCAUUUGGGCAUUAUAUUUAGAUAUGCACUUUAAUGCACAUUUGCAUGGGCGUUUCUGUACACAUGGCUGGGGAACUGCGCUGCAAAAUUGGGAAGAUUGCAGAUUUCAAAGCAAAGCUGUAUUUUGGUUCUUGCAUUGCUCCAGAAACCCCAAAAGCAGGACUUGACUACCCUUUCGACUUCCCCUCAUCUCCCUCACCUAGUGUCACUUUGAGCUGUUGUAGGAUACUCAAAGGGUGGUUAGGCCCAGCCCUACUCUGAGCACUGCGACCACAGUUACACAGUGUUCUCAUGGAGGGGAAGCAUUGCAGGAUGUUACCGGCAGGCUUGGACUGUGGUAUUUAUGACCCACCUGCCUGGCCUGAAUUGGUUUUGACUCCUUUUUGAGAGGGAGGGAACAUAGUACAGUGGUAGAAUGCUUGCUCUGCUUACAGAAAGUCCCAGGUUCAGUUGCCAGCAUCUCCAGUUAAAAGGGAUCAAGAGACAGGUGGCGGCUGCCUGAGACCAUGGAGAGCUGUUGCCAGUCAGAGCAGGCAGUACUGAGCCUGAUCUAGCCCUGAUUUUUCAGAAUUUUGAGGGCUAGAAUCUUUAUUACUCUGUUUUAAGCAGGACUGUAACUCAACGUUAAGACUGCUUGCUAUGCAAUUGGGGCACCUUCAGUUAGGAAGGAACAGGAUCAGCAGGUAGUUGGUGAUGGGGGAAGCCCCCCUUGCUGGCUGAGACUCUGCUGGCUGAGACACUGAGAUCUGUUGCCAGUCAGAGCAGACAAUACUGCGCUAGAUGGACGAGUGUCCUGAAUUGCUCACAGCUGCAUCUCUUUAAUGGCUGCUUCUCCUCUCCAAACCCCCAGGUUCCAUUGUGUGGGGAUCAUCUUCUUCCUCCUUGGCCUGGGAACUCUCCUGCCCUGGAACUUCUUCAUCACGGCCAUACCGGUGGGUCCUUUGCUUCAGGCACCUUCUUCUCUGGGCAUCCGGGGGCAGGGGGAACGUUUCCAGGGCUGAGCCCCAGGACAGGGUUGGGAUAUGAAUACUGUGGAUGCUCAGAGAGGAUAUCUUUAUUAGAUAUUAUCCUUCCUCCUUCACUUUUGUGAGUUCAGCAGAAUGCAUCCUUUUGCAGAUUAACAGGGAAGUUUGGAUAGGCUAGUUUUAGCCUUUUGAGUUUAAGUAAUGCAAGAUGCUUUAAGGCAGACUGCCUUCUCCCUUGUAUUUCCCCCUUUUCUAUCCCUUAAAAUAACAACCAGACAAACAGUCUUGUAAAAGGUAAAAAAAGAAAACAUUUACUCACUCAGAAUACUUUUUGAAAAGUUAACAGAUACAGCAGCUUUGUCCGGGCAGACUUAACAUGGUAAUUUUGUAACAAAGACAUACUUAGGUCUAGCUUAGCAGAUGUUCUUAUGCUGCUGGCAUGGUGGAAAGAGAUAGGAAGAGUAAGAGAGGGUGCCCAGGCAGAGUGGGAGCAUCUCUCACAGAAACCUCUUUAGGAAACUUGCAGGAAAACUCUGUGAGCUUCAUCUCCUGCCGUGUGCCUAUCUAGCAAAACAUGAAUCGUUGGCUUGACUGCACGUGGUUAAAUAUCCCACGUGCAGCUCACGCCAGGAAUCAUCGCCCUUGUUGCACACUCACUUCUUUGCAUUUCUUGCUCUUCAAAAUAAGAGGAAACUCUGAAUCCAGCUCCACUCUAAGGCCGUUUGCCCAGGAUGAAUUAGGCUGCAUCCCUGGAUCCCACUUAACCUGGGAGCAGGAACGGAAAGGACAGUCUCCGUUUCACACGGAUGAGUUCAUUCGCAAGGCCUUUCCAUCCCUUUCCGGCAUCAGUCCGUAAAUUGAUUGUUAAAAAAAACACCUGCACAAAUAUACGGAUUGCUCUUUGCCUAUCCAACCCUGCAGUUCCACCUUUGGGGUGCUCAGGAGGAGGAAGAGAGGAAAUGGAAGCCCCAUUGUGCUGGUGGCAUGCAGUGAUGGAGGCAGUUUGUGAUGGCAGCAUGGCUUCCUGUUGUUUGGUGCUUUGAGGAAACAGGUCGAGUUUUGGGCUUAGCUCACUAUAGCCAGCCCUGGAACUUCCAUCGAUUGCAUAGCAUGGCAGGGAUAAGCAAGGUGCAGUGGAGCAUGUGCAAAGUGUCCUUGCACCAUGCCUCAAUUAGCCUGCACACAUGUGGGUUAAGAGGGGAAGAGCUUUAAUGGUCCAACAAUGUGUAUUGUAUUUUUAUCCUGUGAACCACCCUGCGAUCUUGCGAUGAAAGGGGGUAUAUAAAUAUCUAAUAAAUAACCAUGGUGUAGGGCGAGUCUGAGUCCUGGCCCCUCUCUUCCUGGGGAAUUGAACACACAGACACCGCUCACACAGAGUAUAACCUUCUUUUCAGUAUUUUCAGUCUCGGCUCAUUGUGGGGAACUGCUCAGCUGGCAAGGAGGAGGAUGGGAACUGGACAGGCCUGGGACUUGAACCCUCAUCCCACUGCAGUGACAACUUUAACUUCAGCAACUGGCUGGCUCUUCUUUCCCAACUGCCUCUGCUCCUCUUCACCCUUCUCAACUCCCUCCUCUACCAAUGGUGAGCUAGCUUGCUUCUUGCUCCUCCAUCUUGGCCCUGAUCCCAUGCCCAAGAUGGGUGUUGCCCACCUCUGUCUCCACACUCUGCCAGGUUCCCUUUCCGGGCAUGGGUGAAGCGUAAUCUCCAGAUUCCCCGCUUUCAUUUAAAAGAAGGAAAAGCAAGUGUCUGUAGAACCUGAGACGUGAGGCAAAAUGUACAGGCCUGCUUCCCCCUUCCACUGUUUGACUUUGCCCCCACCUAUGUGUCCAAAGUGUUCUCUAUAAACUGCGCUAUAAGGGGUCAGUCACAACAAAGCCUUGAUUGUGCUUGCAGCAGCCCUGUGAGGUAGGACCACUGUUGGUUCCAUAGUACAUAGGGAGAGUUGAGGCAGAGAGAGCAGAAACUUGCUUUGUUUUGAGGGCCGCCGCUCACUGGUAGAACAUCUACUUUGCAUGCAGCAGGUUCUGGGCUCAAUCCCCAGCAUCCCCAGGUAGGGCUGGGAGUGUCCUCCACUGAAACCCUGAAGAGCCACUGCUGGUAUGUUUAGACAAUACUGAGCUAGGACCAACGGCCUGACUCUGUAUAAGUCAGCUUCCUACUUAAAUCAGCCCUUUAUUCAGGACAAUGUGGACCAGAAACCUACUUCCUUCUGAGACAAAGGGUCAUAGAUCCGUGGUGGAGCCUCUGCUUUGCUUGCAGGAGGUUCCCAGUUCAAUUCCCGGCAUCAGUGUUGAAUCCCAGAAUUGUUUUGUUGGAAGGGACCCCAAGGGUCCUCUAGUCCAGGAAUCUCAGCUAAAGCAUCCAUGAUAGCUGGCCAUCCAGCCUAUGCUUAAAGAACUCCAGUGAAGGGGAGUCCACAACCUCCGGAGGCAGUCUGUUCCACUGCCAACGGCUCUUACGGUCAGGAAAUUCUUCCUGAUGUAUAGCUGGAAUCUCCUUUCUUGUAACUUGAAGCCGUGGGUUCAAUUCGCUUCCUUCCCCGCAUCUCCCAGCUGCUCAGCCCCCUCCGACUCUUAUCUAGGCUGCGCAACCUUUAAGCAUUCAUCUUUCUCCUUUCCACCCCUGCAAAGCAUUCCGGACAAAGUGCGAAUCCUGAGCAGCCUGAUCGGGAUCCUGCUCCUCUUUGUGCUGACGGCCGUCUUGGUCAGGGUGGAGAUGCCGGCCCAGAGUUUCUUCUCCAUCACCAUGGCAAGCGUCUGGUUCAUUAACUGUGAGUUCUGCAUGGCCUGGCUGGGGCCUGGCUGUCCCUCUCAAAGCAAUAACACCAUUGUCGUCUGCUCCCAAGCCCUGCGGCAGAUCUGUAACCUCCAGGGUUUGAGUUUGGAGAAGAGAAUGACCAAGAGCCAGUCUGGUGUAGCGGUUAGAGAGUCAGUCUAGGGCCGGGGAGACCCAGGUUCAAAUCCAUGCUUGGCCCCAAACCUUUUGGCCAGCUGCUGUCUCUCGGUCUGAACAGCCUCACAGGGUUGUUGUGAGGGUAAAAGAGGAGUGAGGAGAACCAUGGAUCUGUGGCUCUGAAUUUCUGGGAUGAAAGGUGAAGCAGAAGUGUAAUUUCAAUGUAAUUUUAAAAGGCUGAGGGAAAGGGCUGUCAUGCCGAAGAGGGGAAAAGACUUGCUGGCUCAGACUGGAUCUGAUGUGCUUAAAUUACAGGAAGGCAGACUGAGCAUUAGGAUGGUAAGAACAGUUUUAUAAUCAUAAUUACAAUAAUAAUUUAUUACCUACUUAUACUCCACCCAUCCGACUGAGAUGCCCCAGCCACUCUGGGCGGCUUCUAACAGAAUAUAAAAGAACACAACGAAACAUCAGACAUUAAAAAGUUUCCCGAUACAGGGCUGCCUUCAGAUGUCUACAGAAAGUCGUAUAAUUGUUUAUCUCUCUGGCACCUAAUGGGAGGCCAUUCCACAGUGAGGGUGCCACUACCGAGAAGGCCCUCUGCCUGGUUCCCUGUAACUUCACUUUUUGCAGUGAGGGAACUGCCAGACGGCCCUCGGAGCUGGACCCCAGUCUGGGCUGAAUUAUGAGGGUGGAGAUACUGUAUACCCUAUACAGAGCCAAGGAGCUUCAAUUUUAUCCAGGCUAGUUUUCUACACACACUCCUCUUUAUCCUCCAUCCAGACAAGCAAUAGAUCAAGGCCAGGCAAAAACACUUGAGGUGUGAAUCAGGGCCAGUGAGGGGGUGUGGCUUGGGGAGAGUUCCGAAGGCCAGAUAGAGAGACCUGGAGGGCCGCGUUUGAAACCCCUUCCCCCGAGACCUCAGGUUCUCCACCCCUGGACUAAAUGGCCUACAAGACUCCUUCUAACUCUGUCAUUCUAGGACUGCAAUCUAAGAAUAGGUAUCCGUUGUUGCUGCUGCUGAUGUUCACCCGCCCUUUACCAUACAGUCCUAGGACAGGUGACAGCAAUUUAAAAAUGCCAGUGUUGAAGGCCUAUGUCAGAAACUGUCUCCUGAAGAUGCUGGACAAGAGAGGGAGAGAGGAAGUUGCACAACUUCCUCUGGCUGUGAGGAAUGAUCUCCCCUGAGGGAUUGUGGUUCUUAGUGCUUGGGGGAAAGGGGAAGUUUGCUCGCCCCCAGCCAUGGUCUUAGUCCCCGUCCUGGGUGUGUGAGCUUAUAAGGAAGUAAAAUGCCACUAAGCAUGUUGGCUGCUGACAUUCUUGCCCCCCAAACUCCACCUUCUUUCUCUCCUCUCCUCCCGCCAGCCUUCUGUGCCGUCUUGCAAGGCAGCCUCUUUGGGCAACUGGGAUCCUUCCCCCAAAGCUACAGCACUCUCUUCCUGAGCGGCCAAGGAAUGGCUGGGACCUUCGCAGCCACCGCCAUGUUGCUCUCCAUGGCCAGUGAGUAUCGUGAGGAGGACAAGGAGUGUGUGGUCUGGAGAGCAAGUCCUCUGAGGGCCCGCUGGGAAAGUGCUGGGAAGGGGGGGGGGCGGUUUGCAUGGAGAAGAGAAGAUCGAGGAGGCCAAGGGGGAAAGGAGAACCACCUUCAAAUAUCUGAAAGGGGUGUCACGUUGAAAAUGGCGGCAACCUGUUCUCUGUUGCUCCAGAACCAAACAGUGGAAAUUGCAAGGGAGCAGAUUUCUGCUGAACAUUAAGACAGAGGUGAGGAAUGUCCAGCCUGUCUGUGGGCCUUAAUAUGCCCCUACCUGUGGGGCAGGUAAAGACAUGGACGGGUCAGGUUUACAGCUGACCACCAGGCUUCAGAGUGCCCCACAGGGUGUUUGCAAGCAUCAACAUUCAGCUGACCAUUGGCCCUUUUCAGAGAGCAACAUGAGACACUCUGAUGGCUCCUUCAGUUCUGUGCAAGCCCUGAUGACCAGCUGAACGUUGCUGCUUGCAGUGAGCCCCAGACAGUGCUUUGAAACCCAAUAAUCAGCUGAUUUGUUGGCGCUUCAAAAUGUCACACGUUGCACUGGACCAAAAGCAGGUCACCUGAUGUCGUUGUGGCAUCAGGUGAUUGACAGCUGGGCACCCCCACCUCUCCACCUGUCAAACUUGAUCUACAGGGGUGGGGGAGAAAACAGUAAGAGGCACUGAGCCGUGCAGCAGGCUGCCUCAGGAAGUGGUGGGCCCCCUUUCAGGAGAGGCAUUUUUAAUAACAGCCACUUCAGAUUGCCUGCCUUUGGCUUAUGAAUGUGGAGCGCCCAGUUGGUCUGAGGCGGAGCUGCUUUGUUGCCCUCCAAAAUACCACUUAUAUUUUAUUUAUCAUCCAUUACAUUUAUGUCCCACCUUUUAUCUUCCAAGGAUCUCAAGGGGGCUUAAAUGCUUCUCCUCCUCAGUACGCCUCACCCUUCUGAGCCCACGUGCCUGUUCAUUCCUGCCCAAAGCACACAUGCAUUCCUUAGGCCCAAUGUGAAGUCCCCACUCCGCCCCCAACUGCCCCUUUCUCUGUAGGCUUCUCACUUCUUCAUCUCUCUUCCCCACCUCUUUCUUCAUUCAGGCCUUUGCCUCUUCCAGGAACAAGAAGAAAGGACCUCUGAGGUGCACCAAGUUAUAAUUCGUUGGUGUUUUGAAUACAACCUGCAUCGCGGGGGGGAAACGCAGCAAUGCUCUGUGUUUUUCUGUGCACUCUGCUGCGAUGUGGCUGUGGCACCCCUUACCCACCCACCCACUCCCCAGCUCAGUCUCAUAGCUUGCCCAACACUCCUGCCUUUAAUUCCUCCUUCCUACUAACCCCUCUCCUGUCCCUCACCCCCUCCUAUGUGAGAAUUCCUUCCUCCUGCAUACUGAGUUAUCACUUCUCUUUCCCAAACUGCCCCCCACCCUUCUCCACAUUCUGUCUUGAGACAUCUUCACCCCAAAUAUUUGUGAGCAUUCCAUGACAUGACAAAAGCUCGACUGGUGACUGGUAGAGGUUCGGAGGUGAUAAGACAGUGUUUAACUAUGGGCUUGUUUGUUUGCAUUUAUGCCAAGUUGCAUAGCAGGGUUGUGGGGAAGGAAUACGAGGCAAGUUCUAGCAACUUACUCCUCACCCCCACGGGCUGUGUCAAAGCCCCGGCCAGAAGGGUAGCCCAGAAAGUGCUCUCCAUAGGCUGCCCAUCCUCAUCUCAUUGUUCUCUGGCUUUUCAGGUGGUGUGGAUGCUCAGACCUCUGCUUUGAGCUAUUUUGUCACCCCCUGUGUUGGGACCCUGAUCUCGAUCAUCUGCUAUAUCUUGCUGCCCCACAAGGUGAGACAAAGCCCUCUCUCCCAUACCCUGGUUUUGCAAAAUAAGGAGGAGCUCUUCCACUGGGUUUGAGGAGGGGAGGAAGAGAUUUGUAAGCGCUGGCAUGGUCUAAUCCACUUAGAAAGCCAACUAGGCUAAAGCAAUGUGGACAAUCAUGAUCUCUUCCCCCUCCCCCUGCACCAUGUACACAUCUCCUUAUUUUCACCCAUUUUGUACAGCAGAUAACCUGCUUUCUGGGCGCUUACAGACUGACGUGAUCUUCGAGCGGGAUUCAUUCACACAUUCUGACAAAUUCAGGUUGCACUAUUAAAGUCAAUUUGGCACUCCUGUGCAACAAACUCACCUCCCCCCCCCAUAAAAAUCUGACUUCUUCUUUUUGCAUUGCAUUGCAAUGCUGUCUACCCCCCCCCCAACCAAAUUAGAAAUAAAUAAAUUGCCAGCGUUCUCUAACCUCCCUGCAAACUUUAUGCAAAGAAAUCUGGAUUGCCUGGAAGUGAAGUCUAUGAACUCGCUGUAACUUUAUUCUCCCCCCCCCCCCCCCCGUUGGAGGCAGUAUAGCAGGCCUCAGAAUACCAGGUGCAGGGAAUCACAAAUGGGGAGGCCACUGAGAAAACAGGAUACUAGACUAGAUGGGUCCCCCUUUGGCUGAUCCAGGAGGCUCAUAUUGUGUUCUCAGCCUUAUCAGCUUCCCUUGCAGAGGUGAGGGAAGGGUUGAUGGAGGAAUCUGAUAACACCCUGCCAUUUGCAACCACGGCUGGCUUUUUUCUCUGCAGGAUUUUGCUCGCCACCACCUGCACAAGAGAGCCCAGGAAGAGCCAGGCUAUGAGCUGGAGACCAAGGCGGAGCUUCUUUCCCCUGGUAAGCAGCCUCCUAAGAAGUGGGUCAGCCAGGCUCCCCCCUUGAGAGUUCAUCCCAAAUUGUGGAACCUAUUCACAAAUUUAAUAAUGGAGAUUGUAGGGCAGGGUGGGGGAACAUUUGGCCCUCCAGAGGCUGUUAGACUCCCAACUCCCAGCAGCCCCAGCCAGCAAGACCAGGGAUUUAGGGAUGAUGGGAGUUGUAGUCCAGCAACCUCUAGAGCAGGCUUCCUCAAACUCGGCCCUGCAGAUGUUUUGAGAUUCCGAUUCGCAUCAUCCCUGACCACUGGUCCUGCUAGCUAGGGGUCAUGGGAGUUGUAGGCCAAAAAGAUCUGGAGAGCCGAGUUUGAGGAAGCCUGAUCUAGAGAGCUACACGUUGGCCACCCCAAGUGUACAAUUAAGUCUCCCUCUACCUGGCUGGCAUCUAGACAGUUUAACUUUUUCGUAAACCGCUUUCAGGGUUUUGUUUUGUUAAGCGGUGUAUAAAUGUUACGAAGUAAAUAAAUAAAUUGCAAGGGUUUUUUUUUUAAAAAACCCUCAAAGCUCAAAUGAUAUUAUUAUUAUUAUUAUUAUUAUUAUUAUUAUUAAUUAAUUAAAGGUACAUGGCAACCCAACAACGGAAUUCCUGAUGUAGUCAUAAAAAAACACCCCUCACUCAAUACUAAACAAACCCCCAAAAUGUAAUAAUAUUGUAAUUAUUAUUCGGAAAUGGAAGCAAUUACUUCUGGGUUUUCAGUGUUCGGGUUCCAAAUCGUUAGGCUUCCGAGACACUCGUAAACUGAAGUUCUACUGUGUGUGUGUGUGUGUGUGUGUGUGUGGCAGAGUAGAAGGCAAUUAGAGCCUGUAGGUCACCUGACUCUGCCGCAUGCUGAUUGGCUCCUUUUCUGUCCCGCCCCCCAGAGGAUGGCCUUGGCCCCGUGCCGGGUGCCACCCAAGGAGGAGAGCCGCUGAGCUUGAGCAAUGGGAUUGCCAUCGCCCUGGAGCAAGAAGACUCAAAAUGCCCCCUGGAGAUUAUGAAUGGGAGCAAUGGGGCAGGCCUGCCUCCGCCGAAACCGUCAGUCCUAGGUGUGCUCAGGAAGGUAGGGACUGUGGCCGGAGGGGUGAAGUAACAGGAAACGUCAAGACUAGGAUGGGUGGGGGAAUAGUUUUAGCAAGGGUUUUGGUUUCGCCAGCACCCAACUCGCUCACAUUGCUCUCUCUUCCUCUUCCUCCCGGUUAUAGAUUUGGCAGAUGGCCCUCUGUAUCGUCAUGGUCUUCUCCAUCACUCUGUCUGUGUUUCCCGCCAUCACUGCCAGUGUGGCCAGCACAUCAGAGAACGAAACCUGGAGUGAGUAAUUCCAUUGGGGGUGGUGGAAGGAUGAGGAGGGCCGGUCCCAGCUGGCUAGAGGCGGUUGAGAGCUGGAGCCCCACAGAAAGGCCCACAGCUCAGCAGUAGAGCUACCUUGCAUGUAGAAGGCCCCAGGCUCAGAAGUCCCCAGUAGCACUGCCAUGGAGGGCUUGGAGAGACCCUUGUCUGAGGCCCUAGAGAGAUACUGCCUUUGCAAAACAGACAGCAAGACUCGGCCUUCUCGGUAGUGGCGCCCGCCCUGUGGAACGCCCUCCCAUCAGAUGUCAAGGAAACUAACAACUACAGUGGUACCUCGGGUUACAUACGCUUAAGGUUACAUACGCUUCAGGUUACAUACAGACUCUGCUAACCCAGAAAUAGUGCUUCAGGUUAAGAUCUUUGCUUCAGGAUGAGAACAGAAAUCGUGCUCCAGCGGCGCGGUGGCAGCAGGAGGCCCCGUUAGCUAAAGUGGUGCUUCAGGUUAAGAACAGUUUCUUUUUUUUUUCUUUUUUAAAAUAAUUUUUAUUAAGGUUUUAAACAAUAAAGAAAGACACAAUACAUAUAACAGCAACACACACAAAAAACAACACAAAAUUCAUCAAUAAAAAAAACAAAAAACAUAACAAUUAAAAACAAUAUCUCUUUUCCAUUUCCAUUUUUAAGUUACUUAUUUUCUGGACUUCCUCAUACCUCCCUCUUUUGUAUUCCAAUCCAAAUUAUUUGUCCAGCAGUUUCUUUUCCACUUUUUUAAUCCCAAUCUUUAGUUUGAUAAAAUAUUAAAAUAUAUAACUUCAACUUCUUUAAACCUAAUCCUUGGUCUUAAUAUCAUAUACCGUUAAAAUUUUCCCUCUUAAUAUCAAAUUUCCAUUUCUUUAAACAUCUUUAAUCUUAAUCUUUAAUCUUAGUCUAUCAUUAACUUUAACCUGUACAGCUGGAAACCACUUAUUUUCAGUCCAACAUCACUCUAACAUUCCUUAAUUUUGCAGGUUAAGAACAGUUUCAGGUUAAGAACAGACCUCCGGAACAAAUUAAGUACUUAACCUGAGGUACCACUGUAUCCGACUUUUAGAAGACAUCUGAAGGCAGCCCUGUUUAGGGAAGUUUUUAAUGUUUGAAGUUUUAUUCUGCUUUUAAGGUUUUUUUGAAAGCUGCCCAGAGUUGCUCCAGCCAGAUGGGCAGGGUAGAAAUAAUAAAUAAAUAACUUCUUCUUCUUCUUCUUCUUAUUAUUAUUACUACUACUACUACUAAGGCAAUUGCUUACCAUCCUAGAAAGAUGGCUGAGGCUCAGGGAUGAAGCACUUACUCUGCUUGCAGAAGGGUUCCAACAUCUUUUUCCUGCUUGGCAGGGGGUUGGACUCGAUGGCCCUUGUGGUCUCUUCCAACUCUAUGAUUCUAUGAUUCUAUGGUCUCUAGUUAAAAAAGGAUCAUGUCGGAAUUUUCUCUGCCUCUGUCCCCAGAGAGCCACUGCCAGCCAAGAGUAGACAAUAUUGGGCUAGGCCAGUGGUUCUCAAAGGGUGUGGCAGGAGAGGCUGGCAAGUGUGGAGGGAAGAAUCAAGGACACCUGGGCUUUGUUCACACCUGGCAUAUGAGAACUUCAGUUUUAUUUAUAUUUAAAGAAGAUUUGUGUACCACUUAAUUGACAAAAACCCCUCUAAGCAGUUUACUGAAACGGUAUAAAACAUUUGUAAGGAAAAUCCCAAUUAAACCAAACUUUUUAAAAGUAGUAGACAUAAAACGUAAGUAAAACCAGAUUUUUCAAAGCAAAUCUAAUUACAGGUUAGUGUUGCAUUCAUCUCCCUCCUAUUUCUCUGUCUUUUUCUUAUGCCUAGGGAAGUUCUUCACUCCUGUCUGCUGUUUUCUUCUGUUCAACGUCAUGGACUGGCUGGGCCGCAGCGCUACCUCCUAUUUCCUCUGGGUAAGUGUUGGUUUCUGAAGUGGGAUUGGCUUCAUGCUGUCCAAAAUCAGGGUGACUAUUAUGACUAUCUCUGGAUGAACUCCAGAGAGGCAGCAGUGUUAACCUCCCAUAACGAAAGCAGAUAAGGCAUGUGGCACCUACAAGACUUUGAUUUCAAGGAAAGCUUUUGUGGGCUUGGGCCACUAAGCUCAGGAAGCCUUAUCUCACACUUGGCAGAUUGUUAUAGCAGGUGGAGACAACAUGUGGCCCACCAGGUCUCUUCUCUGCCUGGUCCUUGGGACUCUCCCAAGUGUUUUUGCUUGGACAGGAUGCAUCCUUGAACUCUUGCAAUGACUCUUCCUAGCCCAGGUGGAGGAUGGAGUUGAGCAUGCAUAGAAACUAGCCUAGCGUACAAAGGUAAAAAUUAUGUUUGUUGCUCCUCCCUCUUUUGCAUUUGGCCCUGCCUGCGACUGGCAUGUGGCCCUCAAAAGGUUGCCCAGAAGGGAAUAUGCUGCCCUUGCCUUGAAAAAAGUUCCUCGCUCAUUACAUAGGAGUAUGCUUGAAUCCUAAGAUCUUCUACUCUUUUUGAGGCCAGGCAGGUUUUAUUUACCGUAUUUUGCCGUGUAUAAGACUAUAUUUUUUCCGAAUUUUUUAAAGUUUAAAAUAAGGGGUUGUCUUAUACAUGGAUAGUGCAUAGUGCAUUUUCUUAAUUUUGAGCCCCCCAAAAUAGGGGGCGUCUUAUUCACGGGGGCACGUUAUACAGUGGUACCUCUGGUUGCGAAUGGGAUCCGUUCCGGAGGCCCGUUCGCAACAUGAAAAGAGCGCAACCUGCAGCAGCACAUCUCUGCACGCGUGGGUUGCGAUUUGCCACUUCUGCACAUGUGCGUGACGUCAUUUUGCACUUCUGCGCAUGCGCGAGCGGUGAAACCCGGAAGUAACCCUUUCCGGUACUUCCGGGUCACCACGGGACGUAACCUGAAAGAACGUAAUAUGAAGCAGACGUAACAUGAGGUAUGACUGUACACGGAAAAAUACAGUACUUAGACAUCUUUUUAUAAUAAUAAUAAUAAUAAUAAUAAUAAUAAUAAUUUAUUAUUUGUACCCCGCCCAUCUGGCUGGGUUUCCCCAACCACUCUGGGCAGCUUCCACAAAGACCAAAAAUACACUAAGAUGCCACACAUUAAAAACUUCCCUGAACAGGGCUGCCUUAAGAUGUCUUCUGAAUGUCAGGUAGUUGUUUAUCUCUUUGACAUCUGAUGGGAGGGCGUUCCACAGGGUGGGUGCCACUACUGAGAAGGCCCUCUGCCUGGUUCCCUGUAGCUUUGCUUCUCGCAAUGAGGGAACCGCCAGAAGGCCCUCGGCACUGGACCUCAGCGUCCGGGCUGAACGAUGGGGGUGGAGACGCUCCUUCAGGUAUACUGGGCCGAGGCCGUCUAGGGCUUUAAAGGUCAACACCAACACUUUGAAUUGUGCUCGGAAACGUACUGGGAGCCAAAAAGAUCAAUACGUUCUUAUGAAGUUAAAAUAACGAUGCAGAAAGAAUUAUGAAAUAGAAUAAAUAAAAAGAAAAAGAAAGAGAAAGAAAUAAAAGUCUAGUAGGUUUGUGAGUAUGGAGGUCCACAGCCAUCACGUCAUAAAACGAGACCUUUGGACGUUUAUUAGGAAAUAGGGUAAUGAAGCUGAGAACGCUGCUUUUUGCUCUCCCCAGCCAGAGAAGCAUCUGCGCCUGCUCCCUGCGGUGGUGGGGCUCCGCCUGCUGCUCGUCCCACUCCUGCUUCUGUGCAAUGUCCCCCAGCGGGAAUACCUGCCCAUGCUCUUCCGCCAGGAUGCCUGGUUCGUCCUCUUCAUGGUCGUCUUCUCCCUCUCCAAUGGCUACUUCGUCUCCCUCACCAUGUGCCUGGCGCCAAAGUGAGUGUGCUCUGAGCGACGUCGCCCCUCCUGAAACACGCAGAAGCAGCAUUAUGAACAGGGGGGUGUCUGCAAGAGUGGAUCCCUUGUUCUCUUUACAGUGGUACCUCGGGUUACAAAUGCUUCAGGUUACAGACGCUUCAGGUUGCAGACUCUGCUAACCCAGAAAUAGUACCUCAGGUUAAGAACUUUGCUUCAGGAUAAGAACAGAAAUCGUGCUCCAGCAGUGCAGCAGCAGCAGGAGGCCCCAUUAGCUAAAGUGGUGCUUCAGGUUAAGAACAGUUUCAGGUUAAGAACAGACCUCCGGAACGAAUUAAGUUCUUAACCCAAGGUACCACUGUAUUUAUUUCGCAUUGGGGCAUUGGCACCUUGUUGGCAGCCCCUGGUCUGCACUAACCAGCAGUGGCUCUCCAGGGUUUAAGGCAAGGGAUGUCUUGCCAAGCCCUACCUGGCAAAGCCGGGGAUGUUGAACCAGGGACUUUCUCCAUGCAAGGCUCCCUGAGCCACCACCAUUCUCGAAAAACGGGUAAAAAUGCCAUCUCCCUGAAUUCCAGGUGUGAACAGCAGGCCCUCAAAUUAUUCUGAUUUUUGUUGUGCUCCUCUUAGGCCACACCACACACUUAAAGCACUCUCUUAUACCACUUUAAUAGCCAAUGAGUCCUGGGAAAUGUAGUUUAUACAGGGUGCAAGGGGUUGGACUAGAUGACCCUCAGGGGUCCCUUCCAACUCUAUUAUUCUAUGUAGCAGUGACCCACACAUUUUGGCACCCUCUGAACAGCAGAAGCAUCCCAACAUGCCCUGUGAGUGUUCUGCGUAGGACAUAAAGCUUAAGACACUUUUGUGAUCUUCUUUGAGAACAAAGUAAUUGAAAUUGAGUUUUAAAAAGUUGUAUUUAAAGGCCAUUCAUAAUUGGAGCCCGUAAACUGUAGCUUCCAUGUGCAUAAAUCCAGCCCUGGUUUCCUCUCUGGGUUGGGCAAAGAGGAAGGGCCUUUCCCACGGGUGUAGCCAGGAUUUAUGUUAUAGGGGGACAGGAUUUAUGUUAUAGGGGGACAGGAUUUAUGUUAUAGGGGGACAGGAUUUAUGUUAUAGGGGGACAGAACCAAGUUAUCUGAGAUGCAGUUGGUCAGUUAGUUAUUUUUAUUUAUUUACUUGAUUUAGGGAGCAAAUACCCCCCCGCACCCCUUGGCUACGCCCUUGGCCUUUUCUGCCAGAUUAUAAAGUGUCUUCUUCUCUGUUUCCGCCCCCAGGCAGGUGCAACCACAUGAGAGCGAAUUGGCGGGAGCCAUCAUGACGUUUUUCCUGGCGUUGGGUCUCUCUUGUGGAGCUGGGCUGUCCUUCAUCCUCAAGGCCUUGCUCUGAUGUCCAGGACUUGCUGGACCUCGGCAACAGUAAAGCAUCUGCCUUGAAGACUCGAGGAGCGGCUGGUUGCCCUUCUCUCCCUCCCAGGUGUGCCCUCUGUGUAGCAGCUAAUUUCCUUCUGGGUAGCAAAACGGGCUUCUGCCACCAUCUUCCAACAAAGGCAACUGCUCUUUUUGGUUUUUCUUUCCUGUAUAUGCAGAAGUUCACGUUCACUCAGCUACCCUUUUAAAUCCCCAGGAGCCUGAAUGUAUUUUUUUUUAAAGACGCUUGGACUUUUCUGAAAGAUUCCUGGAUUUUUACCAAGCCAAGGGAAGGCUGCGGUACGGAGGGGCCAUUUGCAAGCCCCCUUCGUACGCCCCUGGAGGUGGAGGAGCCGCUCUGCCUCUCCCACUUGUGCCUGGCUGAGGACGCACAACAAAGGGGGAUUUUGCAAUAUCCUCACACGUACUCUUGCUCUCCCUUUGCUUUCAACUUGAGGAAGUAUUGUUGCAUAACACACGUUUGCUCUACGGAACAUCCUCCUAGAGGGUGACGGUAAGUAAGGAAGGGAGAAGUCUGUAUCCAGUCCGUUAAUAGAGUUGGGUUUGUUGCUUCCAUCUCAAAUUAGCCAUAUAGGGCAAGCUCUCUGCUCCCCCCCCCCCCACUGGCCGGUUUAUGGUUUGGUUUUCUCAGCUUGCAUUGCUUCAAACUUGUCUGCUAAAACUUGUUCUUGUCCGAUAAAGAGGUCCACGAGAUGUCAGAUACUGCUUUCCAGAGGGGUCCAUCCUCCAGCCUCCCCAACCAGGUGUUCCCCAUAUGUUUUGGGACAAACAGCCCCAACCAUCACUUUCUGUAGCCCAAACCAUCUGGAAGACUGGUGGUGGAGGCUCUGCAAAAAGAGGCAUAGGAGUGGUGAGAAAUAAUAUCAUGUGUAGCCUCUUUAAACUAGUCAGAUUUGGCAUUUGACCAAGCUUCUCUUCAGGCCAAAGGAGCCUCAUUUAGGCUGGCAGGGCUAUUCAAAGCAGGGCUAGGCCUCCGCUGUUAAGCCUGAAGCAGCUGCUUUCCUAAGCUAGCCUGUUUCCCUCCGGUAUGUAAUGGAGGACACUGCCAGUGUUUUGGGUUUUUUCGGUUUUUUUAACGUAUUUAGUGUUGAGGUAAGAUCCAGAGAUGCUGGGGACUGAACCUGGGACCUCUCGCAUGUAAGGUAGGUGCUCUUUCACCAAGUGGCAAGUGUUGGCCACCGACUUGGACAACUUUAAAAGGGAAUUAGACAAAUUCAUAGAGGAGUAUAACUUAUAAGGCGAUCAAUAGCUACUAGUCAUGGUCGUGAUAGGAUACCUCCAGGAUUUCGGCCAGCAUCUCUUCUGGCUGAUCCUCACCUGCUCACACCUGAGCCGCUCUGUUUCCAUCUUCCACCAUUACAGCUGGACAUGCGUUUAGUUUCUUCUUGCAGAGCUUGCUCAGGACUUCUGCACACUGAACUAGAUGGGGCCCUUUGGUCCAAAAAUUCAUUGAAGAACUUCCAGAAAUUUGAACAUAAGAAGAGAACUCUAUAGCUGGAAUCUGGAUCAGGCCAGUGGCCUGUCUAAUCCAGGAUCUUGGACUCACAGUGGCAAACCAGAUGUCCCAAUGGGAAGUCAGGCCUCUUUGUACAGAAUCUCUUUACAAUGAGCCACCCUAAUAUACAAUCCCAACCUUUAACUCACAGAGGCAUUUAACGUGUGCCAUUUUACAGAACACAUACACCGUCCUCAGUUGCAGCAUGGAUGCAGCUGUGGAAGCCAUGUCCUAUUUUGCAGCAGACUGGAAGCUUGAAUUAUUAUUUUUUUAUGGGGAAGGGCUAGCAGAAUUCUCAGGUGUCCUGGUUUUAAAACUGAAAGGGGCAGCUCUGUAUGGGAAGAGCUGGACUUCCCCUCGUCAUGGAGCAUGGUCUAGAAAACUGUGGUUCUGUCCCACAAACCCUGCUCAACCUCCUCGGUUCUCCAGUAGGUCCCCCCUCCCAGGCCACCUUCUUCUGGCCAUGUGACGCUUGAGAGAGGCUUGCUUUGUGUAUGACAUGCUCAGAGUGAUGAGAUUAAAAAGGAAGUACAUCUGGAGAAAAGGAGAUAACGAUGAACCAUGGCCCAUCAGAAUUUUGAGGUUUCAAAGUACUGGAAUUUGGGUGGAGGGUUUAUUUCAUUUUUAAAGGGAAAGAAAUGCAAGUAUAAACCUCCUGCACUUGCUCAGCAGUUGCAAAUGCUUCUCUGAAAGGAAUAAGGGGACGGGUUGCAAGGAGUAGUAGAGAAGUGAGGAAACCGUGAUCUUCCUGAUGUAGUUAGACUUGAACCCCCAUCAGCCUCAGCAAACGUUAGUCUGGGAGGAUGGGAUCCAGAAACAUCUGGGGGGGGGCACAGAUUCCCUGCUCCUGGACUAAUACAUUAAAUUAUCAUUUGCCUACUGGUAUGGCUGGGAAAUGGUGUAAUUUGGCCAAAGGGGGGAUGAAAAUCUGCCAAAGGUUCUACAAACAUCUAAGAACAGGGAAGCAGCGGCAUGUGGCAGAGGGCCUCCCAUCUGAAUGUACCUGAUCCAAUAGCUCCCAUGGAAUAUCCUCAGCUAUUAAACACAGUCUAAGGGCUCUAGGUAUCCUUUUUAUUGUGCACUUAUGAUUGGUGCUUAUGAUGGUAUCAGGGCAGUUAUGUGCAAUCCCGCUUUCAGGGCGCCUGCAAAAGUUUCAGAAUGGACAUACAGAUUCAUUUCUCAUCAGCACAUGUCCCAUAGCUUCUUGAUGAAAUCCUGUAACUUUUCAUACUACAGAUGUUCCAGGAUGUUUUUCACCCCACUUUUGCUGCGCUAUAUAGCACAAGAGUGCCCUUCCCGACAUCAGUCAAGGAGUAACAUUGUGGAAGCGUAGCAGAACACCCAAUAAAGUGAAAUGAUGGGGGGACAGUCCAGAAUAAAUCCACCAUGAAUGCACAAAUAUUGCGUCAGUGAUAUGUCGCUGAUUGUAUCUGCAAAAAGUACAGUCUGGGGGGUACCCCACGGCUAGGGCCAGGUAUUGCCUUAUAGGACUGUGGAAUUGUAGAGCUGGAAGGGACCUAAAAUGUCAUCUAAUCCAACCCCCUGCACUGCAGGAAAAGGCAAGACACAACAAUGGUUUAUUCACUGUGAUCUGAUUGCAAUAUUCAUUAUGGUACAUUUGAAUGGUUUCAGUCUUGUUGCCUACUUAAGCAAUAUAUAUUUAAGUGUGUUUCAUUGUAAACAGAUACUUGCUCUCAAUACUUACUGGCAUUAUAACUAACUUUAUUAAGGAACAAAGGGCAAUGGGAAAACUGUGUUUAUUUUUAACGACUCAAUUUAUUUUGUGGUUUGUGGGAAGGACAUUUUAUCAGAUCCUGUGCGUGAUUGUUUUUAAUGAAUUCAAAGCUCAAACAUUUUUAUUUUUUAAAGAAUAUUUUUGCUGCAUGUACAGUGUUGAACUAUUGCCAUUACCCUGGAGGGAUUCUGGUUUGUUUAUCAUUCCCCAACCCCCAAUAAAGCUUUUUUUUAAUAAAAAAAAAAGAUUGCCUGGAAUCCUGAACAGCAUCCCACUACACUGCAACAUUUUGUUCCAGGUCCCACUUAUCUUUUGGAAACUAUUGUAGUGGUCACCACGUCUUCUUGUGGCAAUGAGUCCCCCGUGCAUUGUGCAAAUGACAGAAAUAAAAAUAUAACAAUGACACAAAUAAUUGUCUCCAGGGCAAAAAUCCUAGCAGAUCCUAGCCUAGAGCAUAUGAGGGAUAACCUGUAGCUGUUCAGAUAUUGAUGGACUACCAUUCCCAUAAUCCCUCACUGAUGGGAUUUGGGCGUCCAGCAACAAUUACUGUAUUUUUGAGUAAUUUCACAAUUAGAAGCAAGUCAAGAAACAAAAAUGGGGGGGGGGGGGAAUGAAACUAAUAAAGCAUUUUUAUGACCACCCCACAAACCAAAUCCUUGAUAUACCGGUACUUGUCUUUCUGAAUAAUACUUUGGUCAUUU